AUGAACGCGCCAUUUCCUCCACCAUAUGCCGGCCCGUCGACCGGUCUGGUUCCACCAGAAUACUACGGAGUCGGCUCUUGCUCAACACAACACGAGCUACCGGUGUACUCGCGCUAUCCCACGCAGCACGAAUCCCUACUCCAACCGGAAGGCUCGCUUACUCUGGAGUCAAAUCAUCGGUCAACGACGAGGUCGCUUUCAAGCAAGCCUUUCCCAUUCGGCACGGUCCUGCUGUUCGACCAAGAGGAUAUCGUGGCCAAACCGCCGCGUUACGGGAUGCAGGACACCAUCCGCGGGAGUAUCGUGCUGGGUGGUAAUGCAAGGCAAUGGAGAGAAGUUUCUGUUCGGCUUGAAGGGACGCUCCGCAUAAACACCCUCGAGGCCGGCGCGCUUAACGUCGAUCUAAUCAACGAAGACCUCCAGUUGCUCCCUGCUUCGGACCCAUUGGCGGACGCCGUUCAAUCUUCCUCGUCUUGUUUCGACUUUCUCUUCAAGCUUCCUAGUCAUUUUACUCAUGUCGGUAUCGAGCAUACUCUCCCGCCAACACAUACAGUGAGCUUUCCGUCCGCACAUGCGAAGACAACAUACCGGCUUGUCUUUUCUGUGGCGAAAGCAUCAUCUGCUCGCCUGUGGGGACGGCCACGCAAACCUCGCACUCAGCAAUACGAGCUUCCUAUCAUAUACCGUCCCGACGAUUGUCCCUGGCGCGGCCUACCGCUUGCUGCCCACGGGACGUCUAAAAGCGUCUUUGGCGACUGGCUCAAAAACUCCGUCUCCUUCUCAGCAGACCAUACUACCGAUGUAUUCGUCCCGUCUACACGGACGUUUGCGCUCUCCGAUGCUAUCCCCCUCCACAUACAAUUGGUCGGGAAAUGCUCAAACUCUCUGGUAAUGCCUCGGAUCGGCAUCCUACGAGUUACUUCUGUUAAACUCCCCAAUUUCUCGGCCAGCAUAAGAAUGAUAAUGUCAUCAACAAAGCCCUUACCCCGAAUAUCAGCAAGCGCAGCGCCUCCACAGUCUGAAGACCUAAUAACCUUGGACUUCGACGCUAGUGUGUCUGGCGAAGGCAAACUAGCUGUUCCUAGCUUCGAUGCGGGUCUGAUAUCAGUGAAGGACUGGCUCAUAAUCGAAACGGAUCUUGUCGGGAUGGGUAGUCGCCAACAUGUCUAUCGAAUACCCAUCCGAUUUGUAACCCAUUCAUUCCAUGACCAUCAAUAA